GCAAUUAACUUCCGGUAUAGAGUGUUUAAUAAAAUGGCGGUGAAAAUAAAUUAAUGUCUUGUGUUGUGUUUAUUGUGUUUAUACAAAAAUUUUGUUGAUGUAGAAAAAAGAUUUUAUUCAUUUAUAAUAUCAUAUGUAAAAUAUUAAUAAGAAUAUAGAAAUUGUAUCAAAUAUCUGAGGCGUAUCGUAAAACAGCAAAAUAUUACUUUCAGAUGAUUAAAUUGAUUUAAUUUGAGAAUUUUGUACAAUAUUUGUAUAUACUUAUACAUAUAUAAUACUUAAACUUAAUAUUAAUAAAAUAUUUUAAAUAAUGACUGCAAAAGUGUAUCAACUAGAUCAAGAACUAGAGGCGAGAGUUAAGAAAGCAACUGAGCGUAUAUCUGAAAAUAUGCAUAUAGUUGCAAAUGAACCAUCUCUUGCGUUUUAUAGACUUCAGGAACAUAUAAGGAAAGUAUUACCUCCUAUGAUGGAGAAACGAGUAGAAGUGCUUGAUCUUCAACAGCAACUUUUAGGUAGAUGUUUUGAUGUAGAGUAUGCUGUAAGUGCUAUUGAUGCAAUGAAUGGUGCUGGAAAGAGUUUUGGAAACACUUUAGAAUUCUUCAAGAAUGCUAUUUUUCUUAAACAACAAUUGAACUAUGAGGACCAACGAAGGCACAAAAAAGAUGGAAAUAGAGAUUCUGUAUAUAAAAGUUUAUCUGUACACAUUCCUACAUUAGAUCAUUUACCAAACGAAAUAUCUGAUGUUGUCAGAGGAACUGCUAACAAAGUAUGAUGAAUUAUGUUAAAUAUUCCACAGAGAUUCAAAAAACAAAUUAAAUUUGAAAUGAUAAUUAAAUGCAUUAAAAUAUAAUAUUGUUCAGAAAUAUAAAUGUAAUUACCGUAAAUAAUUGAUUAGACUACUAACAAUUUAUAUGCCAUAAAAUAGGUGGGUUAUGUGAAAUAAAAUUAUUGUUGUUAUAUUCUGAA